AGCCGUCUUUAAUCUGUGACUGCACACCUACUGAGCUAGAACCUGUUUAUAGGCCAAGUAGUUCUCGUGCGGAUUCAGGGACCACCAAGUCACUUUUUUCACCUGUGCUCCUGGACGUUGUGGGACCGGAAGGGUGGAACAUGCGAGAUGGCGCUACCAUCUUCCAAAGGCUCGUACAACCUGUGGGAAAAAGACACACACAAGUCAACGUCAACAUCGUUGCCGCAGCCGACACAGGGUCACCUGCACCUUAACGACGAGCGACAAGAACCCGACAAGCCCGAGUCAGACGAACCAGACAGAGGUCAAUGGGGUCACAAAGCGGAGUUUAUCCUCUCCUGCAUCGGCUUGUCUGUGGGUUUAGGCAAUAUAUGGAGGUUUCCAUACCUGGCUUACGAAUAUGGCGGAGCUGCAUUCCUGCUCGCCUACCUGAUCCUGCAGCUGCUGAUCGGCAAGCCGCUGUACUUCAUGGAGCUGGUCAUGGGCCAGUACACAGGCAAGGGUCCCACCAAAUGCUGGGAAAUGAACCCUGCUGCUAAAGGCAUUGGCAUCUCUAUGUGCAUGGUGUCGCUGGUGGUGAGCAUCUACUACAACAUCAUUGUCGCUUACACCAUCUACUACCUCUUCUCCUCAAUGCAGGCCACGUUGCCAUGGACACAGUGCAAACCUGAGUGGGUCAACUGCAUAUCUGAGAGGAACCAUCCCGCGCCUGUGCCGUGCACCACUAACAUCACUGUAAUGGAGAACCUGACAGCCUGCCAGUGCACCAAAAACUCCACCAUCGACAAUGCCUUCUCCUUCAACUGCACCCCCAAAUACAGAACAUCCACAGAACUCUUCUUCUAUAAUGAGGUGAUACAAAAAUCCGACGGCAUGGAGCCAGACAAAAUGGGAGCACCAGUGUGGAAGUUAGCCCUCAGCCUGCUGCUAGCAUGGAUCCUCGUCGCCGUUUGUCUCGCGAAAGGCAUCAAGACUUCAGGGAAGGUUGUCUAUUUUACGGCGACGUUUCCCUACGUCGUGUUGUUGAUUCUUCUCAUCCGGGGCUGUCUGUUGGAGGGGGCGGUGGAUGGUGUGCUCUUCUUCAUUGUACCAAAGUGGGAACGACUCACAGACAUCAAUGUGUGGGUUGCAGCAGCUGGUCAGAUGUUCUUCUCUCUCAGUGUCUCCUUCGGCGGGAUCAUCAUGUUCGGCAGCUACAACAAGUUCACCAACCAGCUCCAUGGUGACGCUGUGGUGGUCAGCUCCAUGGAUCUGGUUACGAGUGUCAUCGCUGGCUUUGUUGUCUUCACCACCUUUGGCCACAUGGCGCGCAAGGCGGGUAUCCCGAUAGAACAGGUAGCACAGUCAGGAUACGGUCUGGCUUUCGUGGCAUACCCGGAGGCUCUGUCCAACCUACCCGUUCCACAACUGUGGUCCGUCAUCUUCUUCUUCAUGUUGUUCUCCCUGGGGUUGGACAGUGAGUUCGGGCUGAUGGAAACUGUCCUGACAUGCCUACAUGACGAGUUUCCGAAAUUGAGAAAAUGGAAAGUACAAGUGUGUAUAAUAUUCAGCAUCGCCUGUUACAUCAUGGCUCUACCUUGCACAUGUCCGGGUGGGGACUAUGUUGUGACGCUGAUGGACCAUUACGGAGGAGAUUUCGCUGUGCUCUUUCUGUCUUUUUUUGAGGUCAUUUCGGUCAUGUGGGUCUACGGGACGAUGCGCUUUCUCAAGGAUGUGGAGUACAUGUUGGGGCACCGACCAAGCUUGUGGCCAUACUGGGUGGCCUGCUGGGCGGUCCUUUCGCCCCUCCUCAUUGUGUUCAUGUUCACUUACCGCAUGGUGCAAUACAAAAGUCCGACCAUUUCUGAUGAUGAACCCUUUCCACAUUUUGCUCAAUCCAUCGGCUGGGCUCUGUUGACAUUUGUACUGUGUCCAAUACCGCUCUGGUUCUUCUAUCAUGCCAUCCGCACCUUUUACAAGAACGAUCAUCUAACCACUUCUCAGAAAAUUAAAAAGAUUUUCUCACCAACAAAAAGAUGGCUGCCAGCAGAUGGUAGCAAGUCGAGUCCUGACUCUUCGUCUGGCCAGGAAAUGGAGGACAAGUAUGGUGUAGACAAUCCCGCACUCUUCGUCUAACCAUGACAUCACAUCCGGUGUGACCAGAGGUCUUUGCCAUAGACUUGACCCUUGUCAUUUAGAGACGUGAACAACUGGGAUAGACGACUUUUAAGAGAAAGCUCUUUAAACUGAAUUGGUGAACUGGCAUUCCACAUCGGAAGGUUUUGUUUUGAAUUCAUAUAUAGAAAUGGUUAGAUGGUGCACAGUGAAUUAGUUUUUGUUCAUCACAAAAUAGGUCUGGAAUAAAAAUCUCUGAAGAAAUUAAGGGAGCCAGAGUUUUAAUCAACGAACUCCUGAAGUUUGAGAAUGACUUACAGUGAAUAAUACUUCAUCGCGAUUAAAGAAAUGUUCACAGUGCUGUGAAAACCAUGACAUUUGUGACAUAUAUCAAGGAUUCUGACAUUUUCCAAGUGGAUUUCAUUUUGACUACGUGGAAAAGGAGUUUCUCUUGGUGGCAUUUUGUACACGUUUACAACCCCGGUGUGUUAAUUGAUUGUUCACAGUAGUUAGGAGCAGCUGAAAGACUAAAUAAACGAGUAAAAACCUCCAUCCGAGGAAGUGUAAAAAAUUAUAGGAUCAUUAAGCUGUUUGGCAAAAUACCGGUAUAAAAAUAUGUAAUAUCCAGGAAAGCAUCCAUGUUGGAGACUUUUGUCUCUCUUUUCUUAAAAGACAUUGGACGCAACAGCAUGUGAACUUGUUAUUAUUAUUAUUAGUUGGUUGUUACACUAGUUUCCUUCAGAAAUCUAUAAACUACAGCACCAAACACUUCAGCUGGCUAAUGUGAUACACUAAUAGUUAGUCAAUGACGAUCACAAGAGCAGAAAUGUCUAUCAAAGCCAAGUUCUGCUGGAGAAUUCUGCGAUAGUCAAAUGAUCUUCGCUAUUUUUUUGCAGUGUGAAAUUUUUACUUUAUCUAAAAAUCUUUUUGUUGGAUUUUUAUAAUCUACAAUAAUAUAUUACACUGUUAUUUUAUUCUUUGGCUACAGAUCAACAGCAAUAAAUGAAAACGUUUAUGUUUUACAAACCUUUAAGGAGAAUUCUGGUU